AUGCUAGCUCAGUCGUUUGAAAUCUCGAAACCAAAGAUCCAAAGGGUUCCCCACAUGCUCCGAGAUCAUGUAAAUUUUGAGGAAAAGUAUGAGCCAAGGGUAAUAGCAAUUGGUCCUCUCCAUCAUGGUGAAGCAAGGUAUGAGGCAGGAGAGAAGUUCAAGUCUGAACUGACAGAAAAAUUUAUCGGAGACAGUGGCUGUCAAGGUGAAUUAAUGCACAAGAUCAUUGAGGACAACAUCAACGAACUAAGGGACUACUAUGAUUGGGCAGCAACAGAGUCGUACACUGACAAGGCCCUCGCAGACUUGUUAUUCUUAGAUGGGUGUGCAACCUUACAGUUCAUAUACUCGUUUAUUAAUAAUGAGUUAGCAAGUUUCCGGAUCCCGAGGGAACAGGUGGCUUCAGCAGAACAGGAUCUUUUCUUGGUAGAAAACCAACUCCCUUACAUGGUCCUCAGGCUGUUGAUGUGCCAAAGUGUCGAAGAGUACCAGUUGAAGACCGCAGUCGAUGAUUUUGUUUGGGUCAACGUCAUGGUAGCCGGUGGCAAACGCAAAAGAAGACGUCAACUAGAAUACCUAGUCAUAAACAUGGAAGAGCCCACUCAUCUUCUGGAGCUUCUCCGGACAGAAAUGCUAGGUCCCCCAAAAUUUGACGCCAGAAAGAAACUACCUAGAUAUCGCCGACCAUUGUUCCGCAACAUAGGGGAGCUCAAAGCAGGAGGGAUCCAGUUAAAGCCUAGUAAGACAAGCACCUUGAGGGACAUAUCUUUUACUCGAGGCCCUGUAGCAUUCCUAAAUCUUCCACCAAUAGUAUUAGACGACUCCAUGGAGCGUAUACUCUUGAAUUUGAAAGCCUUUGAAAUGUGUCCUCAUUUCCAAAAUGAGUCUGGGGUCACCUCUUACAUAUGCUUCAUGCAUUCACUGAUUAAUGAUGCAGAUGAUGUUAAACAGCUAAGGUCGGCAGGCGUACUAUACAACAGACUUGGGAGUGAUGAAGCGGUGGCUCAAUAUUUCAAUCAGAUAGGUACUGACUUGAUGCCUAACAGUGACGCAUACAGCAAUGUCAGAGCCAAAAUAGAAGAGCACUACAGGACCAUCUGGAAACCCACGUUAUCAACCUGGCUGGUUCAAUUCGGUCUCGUUUAUCUCAAUAGCCCCUGGACUAUCCUGGCUACGCUUGGUGUUCUAGCAGGUCUGGGGUUAACCGGCAUCCAGACUUGGUACACAAUCAGUCCUCUUGCUCCUCCGUUCACUGCCUGUGAUGCUGUAUGCGAGUACAUGAAGAAACAGCUAAAAAUAGAGUGA